GCGCGCCUCUGGCCGCCGCGCCUGCAUCCCGGAUCCUUUGCCGCAGCGUCAGCGCCGCCGCCGCCUCCUUCCGUCCUGCUCCGCCGCCGCCCUGCUCCCGACGCGGAGUCCGGAGCCCGCGCCGAGCCCCGGGCCGCGCGGUGCCAUGCUGCCCCGGCGGUGGCGCUGAAGGAUGGCGACGCCGGUCCCUCCGCCCUCCCCGCGGCACCUGCGGCUGCUGCGGCUGCUGCUCUCCGGCCUCGUCCUCGGCGCGGCCCUGCGCGGUGCCGCCGGCGGCCGUCAGGAUGUGGCCGCCUGUCCUGGGAGCCUGGACUGUGCCCUGAAGAGGCGGGCACGGUGUUCCCCGGGCGCGCGUGUCUGUGGGCCCUGUCUUCUGCCUUUCCGGGAGGACCAUCAAGGGCUCUGUGUGCCCAGGACACGCCAGCCUCCUGGUGCAGGGGAUAGCCCAGCCCAGCCCAGACUGGAAGAUGAGAUUGACUUCCUGGCCCAGGAGCUAGCCCGGCAGGAGGCACGGCACUGGAGGCUCACUGUGCGGCCCCUGGAGCCUGCAGCCACCCUGGGGCUCGCAGAGCGCCACCAAGGCUCCCACCUGGGCCUACCCUCCACUCGGGGAGCCCCGGCACCCACGCCCCGCACCUCCUUGGGUGCCCCUGUGUCAUCUGGACCCGUGCACAUGGCUCCCCUGGAGCCUCAGGGUGGGCAUGGCGAUGGCCUCGCCCUCGUGCUCGCGGUGGCGUGCUCCGUGGCCGGCGCGGCCGCCCUGGCUGUGGCCGCUCUCUGCUGGUGCAGGCUGCAGCGAGACAUCCGCCUGACCCAGAAGGCUGACUACGCAGCCCCGCGGGUACCCAGCUGCCCCGCCACACCCAGGAUCUCGCAGCCCGGGGACCAGAAGCUAGCACACAGCGCCGAGGUCUAUCACUACCAGCACCACAGGCAGCAGAUGCGGUGUCUGGAGCGGCAUAAAGAGGCACCCAAGGGCCUCAACUCAGCCUCCUCGGACGAGGAGAACGAAGACGGUGACUUCACAGUGUACGAGUGCCCGGGCCUGGCCCCGCCUGGUGCCCACCCCACAGACAGGAGAGAUGGAGGUGCGGAACCCACUGUUUGACCACGCCUCGCUGCCCGCGCCCCCACUGCAGUGACCGAGGCCCCCGCCUGCCCGCUGCGGACUGCAGGGCCACUGCUUCCCGUUAGAGGCCACGUUCUGACAGUCGGCUGCGCUCCGCCUGGGAGCCCCUGGCUGGGAGGGCCCGCCUGGUAGCAGGGACUGUCCCCGCUCCUGCCUGUCCUCUCCAGUCUAGGCCCCAAUCAAGGCGGCAGGGGGAGCCCCAGCCACCAGGCAUGGGAGGGGAGCGUGGAGACAGAGCCGAUUAAAGUACGUUUCAGAUCCAA